AUGAUCAAGGAUAUCCAAAUCAUUCAAAAUGAUACCCAAUUACAUUGGUUUCUAGACCAUAUUUCUCAGGACCUUUCCCAGAUAACGGAUACCCUUAAUACUUGUCUCAGGUUACUUUCAAACCCCGAUUCCAUCAAACUCCCCAUUACUUACAAUAAUCUUCUCACUGGAAUCAUUAUCAGAGAUGGACCAUUCCUUAAGAAUCUCCGAAUCAAUGGAUUUAAAUUCAAAAACCUCCACAUAACCCAACCUUUUGAAUUGGUACAGAUCAAACAAUGUCAAUUACUUAUCAUUGAUUCAAUCGAAAUCCUUGAAAAUUUCCAUAAUAUCAAGAACCAGUCACAUGACCACCACAAGUAUGUAUCAUUAUUUACUGAUUUGAAGGACAAAAUCAAUCUUUCGAAACAAUUAUUACAAUUACCAUGUGACCCGAAUUUGGUAUUUCCUAAUAAUAUCCCCAAUUAUGACCUUUUCAACCCCACAUUGCCCACCAACUUCACUAUGGAUAUCUAUAUCAAUCAGGGGAACUUAUGUAUAGAUUUUAAGAAACUUCAUGUGAUUCACGAUGAACCUUGGUGUAGUUUCAUCAACGGGAAAUCGUUCAUUGACAUAGUGAAAGAAGAUUUGAAGUUGGGUAAGAUCAAAGUUCAAGAUCUUGAUAAUCUAGAAGAGUUAAAGAUUUAUAAGGAUUUGGGCAUUAACUCGACAUUUACGUGGUUUAAGAAAUUCAAACCUAUAGAUUACGUUACUAAGUGUAUAACAUUCAACUCAAUGGUGGUGAUGAUCGAUAAGAAUAUAGAGGUCAAUACAUCGGAUCCUAUCUUGAUAAGUGUGUUGACGAAAUUAGAUACGUUGGAUUAUUUGAUAACGAAGUAUUUGGAUAAUUUGAGGAUGUUGGUGGGGUACUCACACAAGUGA